AUGAAUGAAAAAAAGCUCGAGCUUUGUGGGUUACCGGUUUUAUUACUUGCUGAGGUAAUUAGGUCCCUCAAGGACAAUAAGAAACGCCUGUUCUCGUCAUCCUGUAAUUUGAAAGAAGUAAAAGAAGUAUUAACAAAAUACAACAUCGAUGACAAUGGACAUAUAGGGGACGAUAAGGAAUUGCAACAGUGUGUAAGAGAAACAAAACUGAACACUAGCGAACAAGAAACAAACAAUCUUACCUCUACUGUAUCUUUAUCAUCCACAAGCACACAAACUAUGAAUCUUUCCGAUCCAAAGAGUGUGUGCAGAAUUAGCAGUGUGGACCCAAGGUUGUCAAGUGUGUCACUAUAUUGUGAGUAUGAACUUGGGAAAGCUUAUCAUCAAUGCUAUUCACCGUUUUUUGCUGGAUAUCCUAUAGUUUUAAAGAGUCCGUUUCGUUUAUAUGAAACAAAGAUUAUUACGGGACUCGAUAAGAGCAAGACAAAGUUUAUUGAUAAUGAUAACUAUGUUAUUGAAGCAUUUAGCCUUGGAAAAAAGGGUGAUGUUGGUUAUCCCAUGAUUGUGAGCUGUUCAUAUGGAAGUGUCACGACAAUACUUAAACAGGAUAAGAAGAAGAUUUUGGAUAAUAAUGAUUUUGAUUUGACAUUUCGUUCAUAA